UAUAUUCCUUCAAAGUUUAAACUAUAAAUACCUGACUACUAAUCCUCCAGGUUAAUACACAAAGCCAAGAAUUAAUAGACCAAAAAUCCCAUCAAAGUUUCUGUACUUGUUUCAACCUAGUAAUAUUCUUUAGAAAUGGAAGGAAUAAUGGUGGUUUUCGACUUCGACAAGACGAUCAUUGAAUGCGAUAGCGAUAAUUGGGUAGUUGAUGAGUUGGGUUUUACAGAACGUUACAAUCAGCUUCUUAAUACCAUGCCAUGGAACUCUAUGAUGGACACAUUGAUGAAAGAGAUGCACACACAAGGAAUAACAACCGAUGACAUUGCUCGAGUUUUGAAAACAGUUCCGAUUCAUCCUCGCGUUAUUCCGGCAAUUAAAGCCGCCCAUGCUGCUGGAUGUGAUUUGAGGAUUGUAAGCGAUGCAAAUACAUUCUUCAUUGAGACCGUACUGGAUCAUCUUGGAUUAAAGAAUUGUUUCACAGAGAUUAACACAAACCCAGGUUAUAUUGAUGAAGAAGGGAGAUUAAGGAUAUUACCAAUUCAUGAUUUCACCAAAACUCCUCAUGAAUGCAACAACCCUUGCCCUCCAAACAUGUGCAAGGGUUUGGUGAUAAAAAGGUUAUUAAGUGAGCAUAACACCAAGAAAUUCAUAUACUUAGGAGAUGGAAUUGGAGAUUAUUGCCCUUCAUUAAGGCUAAGAGAAGGUGAUCAUGUUAUGCCAAGAAAGAAUUAUCCAGUUUAUGAUAUGAUUUCAAGCAAUCCAAUGCUUAUUAGAGCCAAGAUCCAUGAAUGGGCUGAUGGUGAAGAUCUGGAACGGAUUCUACAGUCUCUAAUCCAAGAAGAUAUCAUCAUCUCUUCUAAUGGAGAUGAUAAUAAUAAAGUUGCUCAGCAAUUGUUCGACUUUGAUUACAAGCGUGGAAUGUCGCCAGUUAUUACUUGCCAUAAAGCUGUAUGUGUGCCUUAUUAGAAGUUGGAUACCUCUUGUUAUUAUACCUACGAUACUAAAAGAAGGGGAGAAGAAAACCCCUUGUAAUUUUUGUUUGUUUGGUACUCCCUAGAAAAACUAAAGAGAAUCUCUUGAUUUUGUAUUUAUUUUUUAGGGUUUGAUCUUAGGUUUAUGUAACUAACUUUUGUUUCUCAAUUGAAACAAUUAAUUGGUGAAUGAAGAUGUAUAUUACAUUAUUACUGCA